CUUUCCUUCUUGUUACCAUUGCUAGAUAGCAUUGGAAAACCCCCAAAAAAAAAAAAAGGGAAGAAGAAGAAGAAGAAGAAAACAGAUUGAAAAAAGAAAAAACAAACGCCAUGGACGUGAUCAAGACGCAGCAAGUAUCGUCGAGACCGAUAGAGAAGGUGAUAGUUCAUCCGCUGGUGCUUCUGAGCAUCGUCGACAACUACAAUCGAGUCGCCAAGGACACUCGCAAGCGAGUCGUCGGAGUCCUGCUCGGCAGCUCUUUCAAAGGCGUCGUCGACGUCACCAACAGCUAUGCAGUGCCCUUUGAAGAAGAUGAGAAAGAUCCAAGCAUUUGGUUUCUUGACCACAACUACCAUGAGUCGAUGUUUUCCAUGUUCAAGAGAAUAAAUGCCAAGGAGCACGUUGUAGGUUGGUAUAGUACAGGGCCGAAGCUACGAGAGAAUGAUCUAGAUAUUCACGGAUUAUUCCACAACUAUGUCCCAAAUCCUGUCUUGGUCAUUAUUGAUGUCCAACCUAAGGAGCUUGGAAUACCCACCAAGGCAUACUAUGACGUUGAAGAAGUUAAAGAGAAUGCUACUCAGAAAAGCCAAAAGAUUUUCGUUCAUGUGCCCUCAGAAAUUGCUGCUCACGAGGUUGAGGAAAUUGGAGUGGAACAUUUGCUAAGGGAUGUAAAGGAUACGACCAUUAGUACACUUGCAACUGACGUCACUGGGAAACUUACAGCUUUAAAGGGUUUGGAUGCACGAUUACGAGAAAUUCGCAGUUACCUAGAUCUUGUUAUUGAUAAGAAGCUGCCAUUAAAUCAUGAGAUACUUUACCAUUUGCAGGAUGUAUUCAACCUCCUUCCGAAUCUCAAUGUGACCGAUUUAAUCAAGGCAUUUGCAGUAAAAACAAAUGAUAUGAUGUUGGUUAUCUAUCUCUCCUCUCUCAUUCGAAGUGUCGUUGCACUCCAUAACUUGAUCAAUAACAAGAUGCUAAAUAAAGAACAUGAAAAGGCUGAGGAUGCAAAGCCAGCAACAGUCCCAGCUGCCAGUUGAAGCUGAAAAAAUUCAAAAUUUUAAUGCUAUUUUGGGUUCCAGCUAUUGCAGCCAUAACUUGAGCACGGAGGGUUAAAGUUAUUUGAUACUCUUGAGGUUUCCGGUUAAAGAGUUUUCGUAUUCUCCAUAUUGACAGAGGCUUGUAGGUGUAAUCUUCAUAGCAUUUAAAACCCUAGCUUGCUUAGCCAAUUCAUGUAGACUUUUUAAUGAAUUAUGUACCCAUUGGACUUUCUAUGUGGAAAAUGAUAUCUCCCAUUUGUCUGCU